AUGGUCAAAGAAACCAAGCUGUAUGACCAGCUUAGUAUCAAGCCUGAUGCUACUCAGGAUGAGAUCAAGAAGGCUUACCGGAAAGCCGCCCUGAAAUUCCAUCCUGACAAGAACAAGGAUAACCCCGAUGCGAGCGAGAAAUUCAAGGAAUGCUCCCAGGCAUACGAAAUCCUCUCCGACCCAGAGAAGCGGAAGACAUACGAUCAAUUUGGUCUCGAGUUCAUACUGAGAGGCGGAGCCCAGCCGCCUGAGGCUGGAGAGUCCCACCCCUUCGCCGGCGCUGGCGGUAUGCCGGGGGGCUUCAGCGGGUUCGACUUUGGAGGCAUGCCGAGCUCCGGUGGGGGGCGGACCUUCCACUUCAGCACCAGUGGUGGUCCUGGUGGAUUCAGCUUUAGUAACCCUGACUCCAUCUUUGCCGAGUUUAUGCGAUCAGCUGGCUCCGGUGGUGGUGGUGGUGGUGGUGGUGAUGAUGACCUCAACGACAUAUUCUCUAGCUCAUUUGGUGGCCGGAGCUCUGGUGGUCGCGGUUCGCGCAUGCGCUCGUCCUUUGGCGCCGAACCCAUGCGAAAUGCUCGGCAACCUACGCCCGAGGUGACAACCGUCGAAAGGCCGCUACCACUCGCACUCGAAGACCUCUUCAACGGAGUGACCAAGAAGAUGAAGAUCAAGCGCAAGAUGUUUGACGAAUCUGGCAAACGGACAACGACUGAUACUGUCCUGGAGGUUCCGAUCAAGCCGGGUCUCAAGAAGGGUAGCAAGAUCCGCUUCAAGGGUGUUGGAGACCAGGAAGAAGGUGGACAGCAAGACUUGGUCUUUAUUGUCGAGGAGAAACAACACCCAUUGUAUAUCCGGGAAGGUGACGACAUUGUCCACUUUGUCGACCUCGACCUCAAGGAGGCCUUGACUGGCUGGAAACGAACUGUCACCACCAUUGAUGGCAAGCAGCUCAACAUCGAGAAGUCUGGACCUACCCAGCCUGGCAGCUCUGACUCGUAUCCCUCUCUGGGCAUGCCCAUUUCUAAGAAGCCAGGCCAGCGGGGCAACUUCAUUGUUAAGUACAAUGUUAAGUUCCCAACAACGUUGACUGGGAGCCAGAAGCAGAAACUGCGGGAGAUUCUCUAA